CGGCAGAGCAGCAGAAUUUCACAGUCUGAGCACUGAAGAUUUGACUUUACUACGGCUGAAUGUGUUUUAUAAACCUGUUGAUGAACCACAGACCGUAACACAAAAAUCUGUUCAUCGAUGAAUCCCUGGAAACACAAGCAGUGACAAAGGAAAACUGAAGAAAAGAGUAAAAGCAGCUAUGAAGGUCCAGAAUGGAUGGAGCUGCUCUGUGUUCUUUCUGCUCUACAUGACACACGUCACCAGGACACAGAAGUUUGAUGUCAUUGGACCUUCUACUGACAUUUUUGCUCUUCUUGGUGAAGAUGUCACCCUACCUGCCACACUGUCACCGCCACUCAGUGCUCAGGGGUUUGAGGUGAGGUGGGUUCGAAAUGACUUGCAGUCUGUGGUACUCUUAUACUGGAAUCUUCAAAUUAGACCUGAGCAUCGGAUGUUGGUCUAUAAGGGGAGAACUUCACUUUUCCCAGAAGAACUCGUGAGUGGAAAUGUGUCUCUGAGACUCCAGGAUGUCCGUGUCUCUGAUAGUGGUCUCUACAGAUGUUUAGUGACCUCUGAACGAUGGAAUGAGGAUACUCACCUCACUCUGAAUGUUGAAGUCAUUGGCACUCAGCCCUCCAUUUCCAUCAGCUCUACAGAAGAUCAGCAGACCAGAUUGGAGUGCAGCUCUGAGAAGUGGAGCUCUCGACCUGAAGUGACCUGGAGAGACAUGAAUGGCGUAGAUGUUACCUCACAGUCCACCAUAACAGUACAACGGAAUGAUGAGGGUCUCCUCAGGGUGAGCAGUGUCAUCCCCAUCAAGUGGGAGUUCAAUAUAUUCUCCUGUCUGAUGAGAAGUAACACAACCAGACCGGCUUAUCAGUCCAAAGUCGGGGUCUAUGUUUUCUCUCCAAACGUCUCUGGCUGGUCGGUGGUUUUCUGGUUAUUGAUGGCUCUUUGUGUCACAGCGACUGUGCUGCUCAUAUUGAAAUGGCGAAGAAUGAGAGAUAAAAAAUCAACAUACAAGACCAAAG